AUGCUGCGAAAGCAAGCGCUGAACAAUCUCUCGUUUACAGUACCCAAGAAUCGAAAGCCCAAGUUCGAAUUGACCUUGCGAGUUAUAGACCUCACGAAUAUCCCUCUUGUCGUUGGUCAUGUGGGUGUGAAAUGGCAUCUACCCUCUUCCAGCUCCGCCGAACAUAGAGGCCGGACUAAGAAGGCUAGGAUAAGAGAACAUCGAGCGACUUGGGAAUAUACAAAACACCUAUCUGUUCGUUUGACCAUUGACAAGAAUACAUACCUUCAACCAUGCGACGUCUAUUUCGAGAUCCUACAGGAGUUCGACUCAGCAAGAGGAGGACGUGUGCAUUUGGGAAACGUCAAACUUAAUCUGGCCGAGUAUACCAAUAUCCAUGAGCAUGGUCCAGCUAUUGAGGACCUGGCGGACGGAGAAGAUGGUAUGAUAACAAGACGUUACCUCAUGCAAGACAGCAAAGUGAAUGCGACACUGAAGGUUGGCAUCGCUAUGAAACAGAUCGACGGAGACACGAACUUCAUCGCACCACCACUCAGAAGUGCUAUGGUCAUUGGCGGAAUUGCUGGAAUUAUCAGCGCCGAAACUGGUGGAGACCCGGACGACAUGCCUAGUAUCGCAAGCAAGUCCCGAGAAUUGUCAGAGGCUCAGGACAUCUAUAGACGCACCCUUGCUGCUUCUUGGGCCUGCGAAAAAGGUGAACUUCCGCCAGACAAGUUGAUUGAAAAUCUAUUCAGUGGUGGCGAUGGAGGUACUGUACACUUACCUCCCACAAGCCAGAUGAGCAGACUUGGUCUUGAUGUGGGGCUUGUUUCGAGAGACGAUAGUAGCACCUCGAGCGAUGCCGAUUCGAGACGUGGUCGUGGCAAUACACAGACCGGCCUGACACCUGACAUGGCAAGGUCCGGCCAUCGAAGAGGCGGGAGUGGUGGAGCUCUUAGCUCGCAGAGCUCUGUCAUCAGCACCGUUAGUGGGAGAGGCAGUAUCGAACAGCAGAUGAAGCACAGCACGUCUAGUCGGCACACUCACAACAAUCACCAGAGACGAAGAGCUGGACCUGGGUAUCGCGAAACGACCGAGUUUGAUCUCCGUGAUGACUUGCGAAGCUGGCACGUCGACGUUGAAGGCUAG